GUGGUACACGAUCAAUGAGAGCGACCCACCGAGACCCAAGGAUCCCGGCGUCGAUCCUCAGCUCCCCCCAAAAGCGCUCAUUGUUUACCUUCGCCCUAAUUCGGAAAGCACACGACAGCUCCAUAAUUCUUAGCCAUGAAAUUACUCAUAAAUUAGUCUCUUCGAUUGAGUGUGUUGCUGCGGUUCACCGACUCAACGAUGGGACCAAUGACUAUAAAUAAAGAAGAGUCGAAAUGCCCCUCGCUAAGCCCCUCCGAAACCCCACCUGGCAACCCCUCGCUCUCCAAUGGCUGCCACGACAGGUCCACCUGCUAUGUCACCCUGCAUCGUUAGUCGCUACUUAAUUAAGGGAACAUGGGGCCUUAGGGCAGCAAUGCGGUGGGUGGCCAGCUGAACACGCUAUGAUAUAAAUACACCAUCCACCUUGACUUCCCUAGCUUCAACCUCAUCCAUCCUUGACUUCCUAUCCUCCAUACCUAUUACUACUACUAAACAAACAAACCUCCAAAAUGGGUUCCUUCCACCACACUGCUAGAAACUGGCGCAUCAAGCAGGAAAAUGGCGUCACCCUGUUCCGAGUGGAAGUCAAAGAUAUGCAUGGCAACUGGAUUGAACGAACAAUCCGUUUGGACGACCACAUCGGCAACACUGAUGGAUGGUUCAUCUGGGGCGGAAAGAACUUCACCAGCAGCGCCUGGAAUGUCCGUUUGGAGGAUACCGAGUGGGGUCCCAAGCUGGUCGCUGUGAUGCGCAGGAACGACGGUGGCGACCGUGGUGACCAGGGAAUGUUGCUGGGCGAUAAGAUCGAGAACAGGAACGGAGAGCUUCAUUUCACCGGUCCUUGAUUGAUGCGGCAGGGCUGACAUCGAUCUAUGAGGGAGUUUUCAAUUCUUUGUGAAUUUUAUAUCUUGAAAUACAUAUGAUAACUCGUUUUCAUUUCCAUUUUCUUCUCUUGGAUUUCGCUUCUAGAGUUUCUCUUUAACUUCUUUUUUUUUUUCUUUUUU